UUAUUCCCCACGAUCCAGAGGUCUGGUUCGCGACACUGGAGACUCAGUUCGAGAUCCGUCGCAUAACGAACCAGCGGCUCAUGUUUGCCUAUGCCCUGGAAUCCUUACCUGGGGACCAUAUAGCGGCUGUCCGUGAGGUCGUCCUCAACCCCAAUGCUCCAGAUGCCUACAAUCGUCUCAAGGAGGCGAUUCUCCAGCAUUUCCUCCCAUCGAAGGAGGAACGCUUGAGGACUCUUUUAGCACGUCACCCUAUGGGUGAUGCUAAACCGAGCCACCACCUCACGCGCCUGCAGUCACUAGCAGGACCGACAGCGGCUAACUCAGAUAUAGUCAAGGAGCUGUGGCUCGACUCAUUACCAGCCUAUGUUCAGCCUACGAUCGCCGCCCUGCCCGAAGAUAUGCCGCUAAGCCAAGUUGCACUAGUGGCAGACAGAGUGAUUACACGAACCGGCCAUCGAGACAACUAUACCGUUGCGUCCACGUCACAUACCGGCGUGGGCCUCGAGGCCAAACAGGGUAAAGCUCAUAAGGAUCAGGGUUGCUGUAUACACAGCCGUCUGAGUUUUUCAGACCGUUCCAAAGUACCUGAACCCUACGUCCUGCGAGCACGAUCGCGAUCACGUAAGGCUGUAAGUACUCGCCCCCAGCGGGCAUCUUCCAAGCCACGCCAACGAGCGGCUUCGGAAGCGAGUACCGGUUGGUGCUGGUUCCACCGGACUUUUAGGUCCGCCGCCCGCCAUUGUCGACCACCCUGCUCAUACAAGGCGGGAAACGCCCAAGCCGGCGAGUAAAAGCGGCCCUACUGGCCGGCCACUCACCUCAGGUUGGCCGUUUAUUUUACGUGCACGAUAUCCGCACGAACGCUAGGUACCUAGUUGACACCGGUGCACAAGUUUCUGUCGUACCAUUAGGUAGCAGCAAGUUACAACCUACAAUAAUUCGAUUACGCGCUGCGAAUGGCACUGUCAUUCCUACCUAUGGUACACGACAGCUGUCGGUCAACCUGAGCAACCGACGACAGUAUCUGUGGACGUUCAUCAUUGCCGAUGUUCCCACAGCUAUACUCGGUAUCGAUUUCCUACAGCACUAUGAAUUGCUAGUCGAUUCACGUAGGCUGCAGCUAAUCGAUAUUUCGUCGAACAGCAAAUUUAUGGGCUUUCGAGCUCAUACAAAUGCGUACCGAAUAACAGGUUUAUUUCAUUCGCGUGAUGACAUUUUCCACGCUUUACUCGAAAAAUUCUCCCAAUUAACUAAACCACUCGAGGAGACUCCGUCGGUGACCCGACAUGUGGAACACCACAUCGUCACCCGCGGACCACCAGUCACGGCAAAGCCUCGCCGACUGGCACCGGACAAAUUAGCUUUCGCUAAACGUGAGUUCGACAAUUUACUAGCUACUGGUAUUAUUCGUCCUUCUCACAGUCCAUGGGCCUCACCACUCCACAUGGUUCGAAAAAAAGAUGGGAUAAGUUGGCGACCAUGUGGCGACUACCGAGCACUAAAUGUAGUCACGCGUUUCGAUAGUUACCCCAUCCCCCACAUACACGACAUCACCGCAUCACUCAAGGGCACGACUAUCUAUUCUAAGAUCGAUCUGGUACGGGCAUACCAUCAGAUCCCAGUCGCUCCUGAGGAUAUUGAGAAAACUGCUGUCACGACUCCUUUCGGUCUGUUUGAGUUCCUACGAAUGCCAUUUGGAUUACGGAAUGCUGCUCAAACUUUCCAGAGGUUUAUCGAUAGCAUAGUACGAGACUUUGAUUUUGUUCACGUCUAUAUUGAUGACUUGUUAAUCGCAUCAUCAAACGUAGAUGAACAUUAUCAACAUCUUAAACUCUUAUUCCAACGUCUUUCGGAUAAUGGAAUACUAAUCAACCCAGAUAAGUGCGAACUUGGAAAAGCAGAAAUAAAAUUUCUGGGUCACGUUAUAAAGCAUGAGGGUAUUUUACCAUGUGAAGAUAAAGUACGUACGAUCAUGGAGUACACUGUACCGUCUUCACUCAAAGAACUGAAGGCUUUUCUCGGUUUGGUCAACUUCUAUCGACGUUUCAUUCCUCACGCCGCGGAACAGUUACGACCACUAACCGAUCUACUUCGCGGGAAUCCACGUAAGCUAGAAUUGAACGAUGACGCACGCACUGCAUUUUCCGAAAUUAAAAAAGCUUUAGCUCAAGCUACGCUCCUCGCCCAUCCCGACCCAUCAGCCACGCUCAGUAUAGCGGUUGAUGCAUCCGAUUUCGCUAUAGGAGCCGUCAUGCAACAAAACAUCUCUGGAAGUUGGCAACCUCUCGAAUUUUUCUCACGACGCCUUACUACCACGGAGAUGAGAUAUAGCGCUUUUGGUCGCGAACUGCUAGCAGCCUACUGUGCCAUCAAACAUUUUCGGCACGCAGUAGAAGGUCGUAACUUUAUCCUUUUUACCGACCAUAAGCCCCUAACGUAUGCUCUUCAUACAAAAUCUGACCGCUACUCACCACGAGAGUGCAGACAUUUGGACUAUAUCUCUCAGUUCACGACAGACCUUCGUCAUAUUAAAGGCGAGUCGAACUACGUUGCUGAUGCUUUGUCACGUAUUCAAAUGAAUGCAGUUACUUCACCAGUGCUCGAUCUUCUUGCUAUGGCCGCCGCCCAAGCAAACGAUCCUUCUUGUUCAGAAGCACAACAGAAUACAUCCCUUCAGUGUCAGGAAGUGCCCCUAGCUACUACCUCAGGCACUAUCCUAUGUGAUACCUCUAAUGGUCUUCCUCGACCCAUCGUACCCUCUGCUUAUCGUCGUCUCGUCUUCGAUGCCCUUCAUGGUUUGUCUCAUCCAGGUAUCGCAGCUACAUUACGUCUUAUCGCUGCACGAUACGUCUGGCCUUCCAUGAACAAAGAUGUCCGUAUGUGGGUAAAGCAAUGCUUACAAUGUCAACGAUCAAAAGUGCACAGGCACGUAGCCGCCCCCAUCGGCACAUUUGCUACGCCUGAUGCUCGCUUCGAUCACGUUCAUAUUGACAUUGUAGGACCAUUACCACCAUCGCAUGGGUAUGAUCACAUACUCACGUGCAUUGAUCGCUUUACAAGAUGGCCCGAAGCUAUUCCCAUCACUUCUAUUACGGCGGAAACAGUUGCUCACCGCUUCGUAGAACGAUGGAUAGCUCUGUACGGUUGUCCCUCGACUGUCACAACUGACCGAGGACAACAAUUCGAGUCCGAACUAUUCUCCUCGCUAACUCGGCUUCUUGGUACGGAGCGCAUAUGCACAACCGCCUACCACCCAGCUUCAAAUGGUUUAGUCGAAAGGUUUCAUCGCCAACUCAAAAACGCUCUUCGAGCACACGAAAACAAUAAUUGGUACGAAACCUUACCGCUAGUCCUUCUAGGCAUCAGAACGAGCUUAAAGGCAGAUAUUCAAUGUUCCGCCGCUGAAUUGGUAUACGGCACGACAUUGCGUCUGCCUGGGGAAUUCUUCACACCACGGAGCAGUGAUAACUUCAAUAAAUCAGACUACGUCCAACGACUGUCUGCAUUUAUGCGAGCACUGCCUCCGGUGUCAACUCGGGUACAACAUCGACAGGUCGCUCUCCCCCGAGAGUUAUCUACCUGCUCACAUGUUUUCAUUCGAGUUGAUUCGGUACGCAAACCUUUGCAACAACCUUACGAAGGACUUUUUCACGUGAUUUCUCGUCACGAAAAGACCUUCAAGGUUGCUCGACAUGGCCGCGUCGAGAUAGUCAGCAUUGAUCGUCUCAAGUCAGCACACGUCGAUGACAGUGCCCUACUUGCUAAUCCGAGACCCAAUGUUAGACCUAGCGGGAUCCUCAAAACUACCCCGGAUCCCACGCUAACGAAAUCAGAAACCUCAUUCUCACGUCCCAGUCAGCAGCACGCGCCAUCUGCACUGUCUACGGAUGAGACUCCGGUCUCACGUCCAGAUCAGCAGACCACGCCGCACUUGACUGCGGAUGAGAAUGCAGGAUCACGAGGUACGCACGAGGCUACUGUCUCGCGUGCCGGUCGCCGCGUACGCCUACCUGUACGCUUUCUCGAAUAACUACCAAUCAACCACGGGUUCGGCAUAGGAUUUUACACUCGUACUACAUGCAUGCUACACUUUUCUCCCUUUUCUUCUUUUUUUAUCCCGAGCCUAUACCUCCGACCAUUGUCCUGUUGGUACCGUCGACUUCAGUCAACCUUGGCGAAAGCUGGCCUGAUCACCCACGCUCUAGUCAAUGCACUCAGUCGAUUUUCUGGUGACGAAUAUAUCUGGUAUACGAAUGGUUUCGCACUGGUCGUUUCUGGCUUUUUCGCUCAAUCUGGUUCCGUCCUACGUCUCCAGCUUUAUUUGGUCCGGACCCCUACGAACGCAAUUAUCAGACACUGGAUACGAGCCACCCUGGUGUGGUAUGCUAACCCGAUGGACGAACUUGGCGCAUAAUUAUUGGCACGGCAGCGGACAAACUCCCGGUGACAACUCGAGCUUCAUCAGUCGCUUCCUGUCGUCAACCAUUCUGCCCGUUAACCGAAUAUUGGCCGACGAGUCCCCUGAACGAAGCCGCUACAUAUCGAAAGUGUAAAACCCUUUCUAGGGGGGGGCUCCUGUAGUGGAACUAUUUCGUCGAAAUAAUACGAUUACUGACGUACAAAUACUUAUUAUUGAACAUAUGUAACAUUAACUGUUUUAUUGUAUAUCAUUUGUUUAUUUAUACUAAAAGUCACUUUUCGAGCGCCACCCACGCCAUCCCUGCGGAUCUAACGAUCGUCUCGUGUAAU